UUCCGUCUGGGGUUCAGAGGAGGCAGAGCCGAGCCAUGGGGAAGAAACGCGACGCCAUCCUGGAGGCGCUGGAGAACUUGACCCCGGAGGAGCUCAAGAAGUUCAAGCUAAAGCUGGGGGCGGCGCCGCUCCGCGAAGGUUUUCGGAACAUCCCACGCGGGGCGCUCGGGCAGCUCGACGCGGUGGACCUCACCGACAAGCUGAUCGCCUUCUACUGCGAGGACUACGGCGCCGAGCUCACCGCGGUUGUGCUGCGCGACAUGGGCAUGCAGGAGGAGGCGGCGAGGCUUCAGGGGGUCGCAUAAACACAGACCUGGUUGGGACUUACGCGGUUUUCAGGAGAGAGGAGUCUCGGGGCCAAGGAGAAGUGCAGGGCAGUGGUGAUGUUGUUUGUGGGCAAAAGUAGCCCGCAGAAGCCCACCUCGACCACCAGACGUGAGAAGAUUGUAGCUUCUCCACUGUGCAGACCCAGGACCGCUCCAUGCCUCCAGCCCCCGCCUGCUCCUGCCUCUGCCCCUGUGGUUAAUUCUAACGCAGCCCAAUAAAUGUUUCAU